AUGUUAGCAUCAUGCCAACAUCGAGGCCAAUGUGUGUUAUUUUCUGUGAAUGUAAAGACUUUUUACAUAAACAGUUUGAUGCUCAGCUGCAGUAAGAAGGAAAUCCCCUGUAAACUCUGGAAUGCUGCAUGCACAGCCUGAUAAACACGAUUGUGUGAGCGUGUGUGUGUGUGUUUAUUUUAUUUUUAUUUUUUUGGGGGGUUGUUGUUGUUGUUUUUUUUUUCUAUUUUUGAACAGUGGUUCUGAAUAUAUUUUUUUGGAGUCCUUAAAAAAAAGGGGGGGAAAAAUCGUUGAAAAUAACUUCCGGGUCACUACACAAAACCGGAAGUCCUUCUCUACUUCGACAUUGGUCAAGUCCUGGCGCUGAACAUGUCGAGCCUCGUGCUCCGGGCUGCGAGGCUCCGCGGGGCGCUCUUGCACGUCCAUACCGCCUUCCCCGCCGCUGGUCUCCGGUCCGCCUCCAGAUCUGGUCCGCAGCCACAAAGUCCGGCUCUGGUAGAGUCCACGGAGGAGUUUGUUUUCGUGGAGCGUCUCAUACCGGCCUCACGCGUACCGGAUCCACCCAAACACGCUGGUCCCGCUCCGUCCGGCUGGACCCCUCCGGCGGACUCUCCGCCACCUAUGCCCUACAUGGUACGCCGCUCCCGCAUGCACAACAUCCCGGUGUACACCGACCUGACCCACGGCAAUCGUAAGAUGACGCUGGUGCGGAAGGUGGAGGGGGACAUCUGGGCUCUGGAGAAGGACGUGAAGCAGUUCCUGCUGGAGCGAACGGGGAAGGAGCUGCCAACGCAGGUCAACGAGGUCACCAUGACACUGAAGGUCAAAGGUCAAUUUGAUCAGGAGCUCAAAAGCUGGCUGAGCAGCAAAGGAUUUUAAAAUGAGCGUGGAGUUGGUCAACAGAGGACCAGGAGCAUCCAGACCCGGAACUGCUGGACUUCAUAUAUGUGUGCAACCAGAGUGUGAGGAGAAAAUAUACAGAAACUUUACCGUAAGAACUGAAGCUUUACUAUAAAGAUAAGAUCAUAUUUGUGGACUUGUCUUUCCUGUGGAGUGCCACUUCUUUGUAGCAACUGUUGGGUUCAAAAUGUGAGAUGUUAAACGUUCUUUCCACUGUCAUGCAAACGUCUGACUCAAUCUUCUGCUUCCAAAACCUAAAAAUGACACUCUAACCACAGUUCAUCUAAAACCAGCCAGGAAGUCCAUAAUCUAGUGAUCUCAGCAUCUUUGGGGAAAUUUGAUUUAUUUUUUAAUUUUGUUGCAUUUUUCUGAUGGACAUAAAAAAAUGAACUUAA